GCCGGCAUCCAACGAUGUUAAUGUCUAGCUUCAACUAAACCACGAAAUAGAGCGACUUAUUCAUUAUUGUCUUCACACAAAUCCUCUCGAUUAUAUUCACCAAUGUUUUUGUCAAGUUCAGAAUAUACUUCAAAUGAUUUACUGAAUUCAAAUCGUAAAUCAUCCACUUUAUCAUCGUCAACUUCACCAACGACAAUGCCAACAUCUUCAUCAUCAUCUUCUAUACGUUAUCGUGGUAAUAAAUUUGGACGUCUUAAAACAAAAUGUUUAAACCUCAACAGAUAUCAACAAAACUAUUCAUUAUCUAAUAAUCGUUUACAUUUGUGUAAUAAACCAAAUCAUUUCAAUUCAAUAAUGACAACAUCUGCAUUGAAAGCUAUUCGUAGAUCAACAAUUAACCUUCCAAAUACUCAUUGGCCAAAUUUGUCUUUAGGAUCACAAAUUACAACAACAACACCACCAUCAUCAUCAUCGCCAGCAUUUACAUCAAUAAUAGAUCAAAAAUUAAAGUCAAAUUUCUUAACUGAUCUACAAUUUCCUGAAACCAAUAUAAACAAUACUAAUGGAUUAUUGUCUUCUUCUGCAUCAAACUUACGUGGUAAUCAUCAUCAGCAUAAUAAUAAUAAUCCUAACAAUACGAAUAAUAAUUUAAUUGAUCGUCCAGUAGUUGUAUUAAAUCCUGAUGAACCACGUGAAAUAUUUAUUGGUGGUGUACAAUCUGUUGCAUUACCAUUAUGGGCAUAUUGUAAAUGUUUAACAAUGGUACGUGGUGAACCACAUGAAUUAGGACCACGUCUAUGUUUACGUCUAUUACAAAGUUUAUUUAGUUUACAUUAUUUAGUUACACAUAAUUAUAAUGGUUCCGGUGGUAAAGCACCUAUUGAUCCAAUUGUAAUGAGUGCUGUAUUACGUCAAGCACAAUUACAAUUUGGUUCAGGUUAUUUUUUUACUGAACCAAUGGCUUUAGGUAAAUUAAGAGAUUAUUUAAAUAAUGCUUUUCGUGUAAUGGCAUUUAGACAACGUAAAGGUGAACGUGUAAGAUCACCAUUUUGGAAUGAAAAAGGUGAACCAAUACAUGAUUUAGAAGCACCGGUGGAAUUUUCAAAUAUUACUGAUAUUAUUGUUAUACCACAUUCAAUUAAUACUACUACUACACCUAAUACUAACACUACUACUGUUAUUACAGCUACACCAACCUUAUCAACAACUACAACAAUGUCAAAUGAAUCUGAUAGGAAUAUGAAUUCAAGAUGAACAAUGAUUAAAGAAAAUACAUGCGGAUUAAUCUUUUUUUAAAAAAAGUAUCUUUACUUUGAUCCAUUUCAUCCUUUCAUAAAAUGAUUCUUUCAAACUAUGAGUAGUAUGUAUAUUUGUUUACUUCAAUGAAACCAUUCAAUAAUAUACACUUAUACAAUGUUAAUUAUAUUGUUUCAUAAAUAAUUUAAAAUAACCAACCACGGGGGGGGAGGGGUAGGAUUAAACAAAUUCACUUGAAAUGUACUCUUUAUUGUUACUAAUGAAAUAAUGUUCAACGAUUGUAAUUAAUUAAUUCAUUCAUUCAUUCACAAUUCAAUAAUGAUAUUCAUUGAAUAAAAUAAAGAAAGAGAAUGAAGGGAUAUUCAAAAGAUCAUUAUGAUGAAUGAGAGAAAGAGAGAGAUUCUAUCACUUGUAUUUAGGCUACAAAUACAUGGGGUAUUAUGUAUACAUAUAAUAAUAAUUAUAAUAAUAAUAUUGAUUUAAUCAUACUACCAUAGUUACUUAGUUUCAUAUUAUUUUGUUUUGAUUUUUAAGUAUAAUAUAAAACGGAAACGAUUAAGUUUAUACAACUAAUUUAGUCUUGCGUUCAUGUUGACUUGUAACACUCACACACACACACACACACACACACUCUCUCUAUUAUGUUGAUUUAUUUCUCUCCUAUAUUGGUUUAACCAAAUUAAAGACAAACAUUUCAUGAUUAUAUUAUAUGUAUACUGUAUUGAACUGUAUUGUGUUGUACCUAUACCUGUAUUGGUGAAAACAGUAUUUUACAAUUAC